GCGCAAUAAAUAUAUUGUAGACUCUGAGACUUGAGUUAGGUGAUAACUCCAGAAUGUCUUUAGCUGAGAUUUGCGGAAGAGCAGAAAUUAAUUCGAGGUACAGGGACGUGUCAUCAAGUACUUCUUACAAUUCUUUUGAGGAAAGGAUACCUUUCGUGGAUGUUGGGCUACGCUCAUCGGAUGUGAUUAGGCCUUGUUACUACAUAUUACAGAUUCUCGGCAUGUGGAAGCCCUCCAACGUGAAAUUUGAAUUCGCCUGGCGGGUUUAUCGCGGAUUUGUGUUCUUUUUGUGGUUAGGAUCUCUUGCAGCUGUUAUGUGUUUGGAUUUUAUACAUUACGGCUUUAAAAAGGAAACGAUUCACAUGGGUGAAAUUAUGAACAGUGUUCCAACAUGCCUCAAUUUGCUGUGUCCGUUCAUUUUCACCGUCUAUUAUUUUAACCGUGGCCAGUUUUUGGAGCUCGUUUACAGCGUACAAAAUGUCUCACAUGAAUGGCAGCAGAAGUUAAACCGUAUUGCUCGAUGGUAUACCUUAAUGUCUGCAUCUCUAUGGGCUCUUGGAGCCGUAUUUUUCAUAAUUCACUGGCUUCCUUUCUUCUCUGAAUUGUGGCACUAUGCAGUCUACAUAACCGUUGUUGUGUAUGCUACAGGCUGGUGGGCAACGUGGCUCAGCGUUUAUGGAUUUGUUUGCCAUGUUCACAGUUUACAAAUUGAUACUGUUAUAGAACAAAUGAAGUCUCAUGAAUUAAAAACAACAGAAAUUCUGAAAAAACACCAUCAAUUACAAACCUCACUGGAAACAACACAGGCAGAUUUCAAUAUAGUUAUUUCUUUUGCUUUAGCAUACCAUGUGGUAGAUGUUAUCACUUUUAGCUUUGCUUAUUUCAGUUCUUCAUUUGGUGAAAAUUAUAAACUCUGGCAAUAUGCGGGUGGUGUUCUUUUUGAUUUGGUAAGCAUUGUUGUCAAACUGUACCCCCCAUCGGUAGUUGCAGCCGCGGUUCAUCGCAUAGUUGUGCAAGCCUCAAAGCGAUGUCAGUUAAAGGUGACCUCCUGGACAGCAGAUCUACCUGUUGAAGAUAUACAAUUAUUCCAGUAUAUGGCAUUAUGUGAGUCAGACAUGGGUCUUAAAAUCCUUGGAAUUCGCAUCACUGUAGAUCUGACAAUGAAGAUUCUUAUGACCCUUAUGACUGGUGCCGUAUCAUUUGUAGCAUUUGUUAUUCCAAAGCUUCAGUAAGGUUCACCCAUAUAAUGACCAUGAUGCAUAAAACUGCUGAACUCAGACACUUGUCACUUGGCAGAACUUUCUGAAAUCCUAUGGGAAAGGCUAUGAAACAAGCAUCCAUGUCUCUUGAUAGUAUCAACUUAGUGCAGGCAUACUGAGCGUUGGCUGAUAUUUUUUUGAAUCCCAAACGAAGGUAUCCCAAGCUGAUGAACCAAGAAAAGCAAAAAAUAAACUAUUUAUCUAUCCAUGAAAGAGAAAUUUGUUGUGAGUCAACAUGACUUUCUUUGGACCAUAUGAAGAACCAAAGGCAACUUAGCUAUAGAUGAGAAUGUUAUGAGGAAUGAAAUAUUGUCAACUUGGAAUGCUUUAUCAAGUGAAACAAGAGCCUCUUUAACUCAAUGCAAUGCCUGUGGAACAAUUGGAAACCAUCAAAUCUGGCCAUUUUGCAAGGCACCCCUUGGAAUCCUUGUUUACAUUGUACCCACUAGGUUCUCACAGUCCUAACCUCAUUUCCGAGCAAAACAUGCAAUUCUUCAUGCUCAGUGUCAGACCUGGACUCUCAGAUCAAACCUGUUUAUACACUCAGCUUCUGAAAUUUGCACUUGGUGUGCAGAUCCAUUAUGCUUUACUGUGGGCUUUCUAUCAGUGCUGAAGUCAAGCAUUGGUGAAAUUCACCAAUAGACACAACUCAAAUGAAAUAUUUUAGUUUUUUUCUGUUAUUCAUUUUGAAUAUAAACAGCAGAGGUUUCUCUAGGCAAUGUGGUUUUGUUGGAAAUCAUAGCCCAAGUAAGACCACUUUCAGAGUGAAAUGACUCAAAGAAUGGAAACCUUUGGAGUAAUUAAGGAGUACCCCCUAGGCUAGGUAAAUAAAAUAAAAUUUCUUGAACAAUUACUUAGGCAGGAAAACUGUUACCUCAAGGGAGGAUAUCCUUUUGAAUAAAAGGGAAGGAAUUCUGUCAACACUGGAGAUUCAUUUAUUUCAUGCUCUUUAUCACAUAGCCUAACAAACAAUAGAUGAAGAGCUUAAGAUCUCUGGUUGAUAAAUCAGGGCAACACCCAAAUCAACUAUCCUGCAUAUCAAGAAAUAAUAAUUUAAUAUUGUUUGAGAAAAUUCUACUGGCUGUUUUAAAAUUGUCUUCAUUUUAUUUUGUUCAAAUUCACACUCUAAGGCCACACUUUCUACUUAUGUUAGAUGAGAUGGCAAGUAAGGCAGUCAAUCAGAUUGAAGCAUUUGUGAUAAAAUGCCAGAAGAUUUAUGCUCAUGUUCAUUAUCUUACUGUCUUAGUCAUAUUGCUUUAUUUUGUAAAUGCAUUUGAGAAUUUUAAAUACUUUCAUUUCUUGAGUAAUUUAAUAAUUAAAAUUUAUUUAUCAAUUUAUCGAGAUGAAAGAUGCAAGAUAAUA